AUCACCUGCCGCUGUUUUGAGUUUCCCGGUAGCCGGUAGGGUUCGCAUUUUGGCGGGAAAACAGGAGACGGAAGGUAGGAUGAGUUCGUCGGCUGCGGUGGAGACGGCGGCCGCUCCGUACCUUGUCUGCCGGAUGGACAACGUCCAAGGCGUUGUCGACGCUCUCACAUCCGUUCGCUGGAAGCGCUAUCAGGACGCCGUCAUUGAGAUAUCGGAGUACGGACUAGUUUUGAUCGUCGAGGAAAGCCUGUGUCUUCAAGGAAAAGUUUAUUUGCAACGCGAGUUGUUUACUCAGUAUGUAUACCACUCAGAAGGGACACAGAGAUUCGGAGUGAGUUUAGGGCUCUUUCUGGAUUGCCUCAGUACAUUUUCGGUUCCCGGAAAACCAAAUACUAUUGAACUUCGUUACCCAGGGCCUGAUAUGGAACUUCUUCUCAAAUCUGUUGAUUCAUCUAAUGCUUGCAUUUAUGCGGAGAUCAGAACACGGACUCCCGAGACAUUGCCAUGGGACUGCCACUUUGAACCUGCAGGGAGUAGUCCUAUCAGUUUUACCGUCAAGUCUGCAGCGCUAAAGGAAGCUAUAGAUGAUCUUGAAUGGCCUGGGUCAAGCAUUCUGCUAACACUGCAACCAACCCCCCCAACUGUAACCUUCAAGGCCCAAGGCCAUGGUGACUUACAGAUAGACUUCAUGCAACGCAAUACCUCUGAUCUUCUUGUUGCGUUUCAUUGUGAUCACCUUGUCUCAUACCGGUACAAGUACAAAUUUCUUCAGGCAACAACUUCGAACAUACCUAGCAGUGUCUUGAAGGAUAACAGAGGAAGUAAACUCACCAUGGGUAGAACUGGAAUGCUGAAAGUUCAGCAUCUAGUCUCCGUUGCAAGACCACCAGCAAGUUCACACACCCAUUCAGAUUCUGCUGCCUAUCAUCUCCCCAGCCGUAUUGCUUAUAUUGAGUUCUUUGUCAAGCCAGAGGUGGAUGAUGAUUAACAAAAUGCAAAAAUGUCCAGGAUGAGUUAAUGUCAGCCUGCUUCUUCAAAGAGAUAGUGGGUUUAGUAGAUAGUUAUGUAACAUUUGCAUUGUAAAUGACGGGGUGGUUUUAAGGUCACAUGCUACCUACCUAGAGCUUGAUUUUCUUUUAUGCUUUACCCGGAUAUUAUGAUGAAGAUGAUGAUGAUCUUAUUUAAAUUCAAUUCAAUAUGAUGAAGUGAUGAUGAUCUUAUUUAAAUUCAAUUCAGACAUAUUUGAAUGAGAAUU